UAUACGGAUUUUUUUUUAUCUGGUUAAUUAUAUUAUUAUAAAUUAUGAAAAUAUUAUACAUCAUCUAGGUGUAUAAAUCUUUAAACCUUGACCCCUAGACCACGGUACAAUCCCAUACGGUACAACCUCGUAUACUAAUCUGGAAUCAAUUUCUUCCAAGGUUAUGGAACGUUUUUAUGUACAUAUAGACAUUGUGAAACGUACCGUUUAAAAGUUUUAUCAAGUUUUUGAGAUGAAUAAAAUAGCAUAGAAAAACAAUUAAUCGUAACGUAAAGACUUAUAUUUUGUGUGUAAACGAACCAAUAAUCAAUUUGUUAAAAAAAUUAGUUUUUAUUUUAAGAAAGUAUUGUGGACGAAAGGGAAAAACUGAGGUGAAGUCAUCGGGCCAAUGAGGGAAAGUCAUCGGGCCAAAAAAAGAAGAAAAAAAGUCAUCGGGCCAAUGAGGGGGAUGUGCUCAUUUGUCUCUUUAUUUGUUUCUUGAUUACAAGACUUUCCUUUUUAAAACACUCAUCAUGCUAUAUGGUUUAGAUAGAUAUUUUACAAAAGUACUAUAACUUUAUUUUAUAAACUGAUGACAACAAUAAAUAAGCAUCAUUUUAUAUAGCUUAUCAACUAAUAUACAUUGAAUUUUAAUCCAAUUAUAUAAAAACAAUAAUACUUAGUCAAGCUUUAAAAAAAUAUGAUUAGCAUUUGGAGUAUAGUACUCAUUUCCAAUCUAAUUUUUGUUUCAAGAUGCAUCUUUUUUUGUUUGUUUGACAAAUCCUUUUCUUGGAUUGACAAAACCCAUAAUUUAUAUACUAAUAAUUAUAAAAAUUCAGUUACAAAAAUAAUAAUAAAAAUCUUAUAGCUUAGUGGAGGUUGUUAGUACGUAACACACGAAAACAUUCACUCUUUUUUCUUUUCUUUUCUUAUUUUGUUUUGCAAAAUGACACCCUAAACUUUCUCUAAUAAAACGCGUAAUUAGAUGUUUAUAAACCCUAACAAGACACAACACUGUCUCACUCCUUCUGGCUUCUCUUUCAAGCUACUCUCUCUCUUCUCUCGCUCCGACCACCAGUUGUCUGUUCCUCCGGUUCUUCUUCUCCGGAUGUCAAUUGAUAUCUGCAAGAAGAAUCCAUCGUGCGACUAUGGUUAUUUGAGCAAAGGGAGAGGUUGUGGUAUUCCUUCUUCAAACAGUAGACUUGGACUUAAAACCCUGCCAAAUUCGAUUUUGAUUUUUUAGUUUCUCUGCAAUGGGGAAAAAUAGCUUGGCACCUGGCUUUCGGUUUCAUCCCACUGAUGUUGAACUUGUAAGAUACUACUUGAAGAGAAAAGUUCUUGGGAAAAAGUUCAUGACUAAUGCCAUUGCUGAGGUCGACAUUUACAAGUUCGAACCACUUGAUUUACCCGAGAAGUCAUGCUUAAGGACAGGAGAUCUUAAGUGGUACUUCUUCUGUCCGAGGCUUAAGAAGUAUCCCAACGGCGGUAAGGCAAACCGUUCUACUGAAUCUGGUUACUGGAAGACCACAGGGAAAGAUAGAGACGUCACUUACAAUGAUGAGGUCGUUGGAAAAAUCAGAACUCUGAUUUUUCACUACGGGAAGACGCCUCGUGGGGAACGUACUGACUGGGUCAUGCAUGAGUACAGACUUGAAGACAGAACAUUGGAACAGAGGAAUAUUCCUCAGGAUACUUAUGUGAUUUGUAAACUCUUUAAGAAGAAUGGACUUGGACCAAGGCAUGGAUCUGAAUAUGGAGCUCCGUUUAAGGAUGAGGAUUGGAGUGAUGAGGAAGAUAUAGAGAGUCUUGAUCCUGGUCCUAACAAAGAAACCAGUGUAGUUGCUUCCGCAUCACACUCACAUCGUCCUGAGGAUUGUAUCACUGGAGUGAUAUCAGAAUCUUGCGUCGUCUCUGAUGCACCGCAACUAACUGCCGCCACAGUGCUUCCACCUAUAGCAAGUGAUGUUGUAGCUCACACUCCCUUGUCUUCUUCUUCUCCUCUUAUUGAGGUUCCUCAUGCAGUACAAGAUGACGAUGACUUUUAUUCUAUGCUGGAUCUCUUUGUUGUUGAUAACGACGAGUCUUUACAUCUUGGCGGACUCAACAACCAGUACGAGGUGAGACAGGAGACUGAGGUUCCUGCUGUGGAGGAAGCUCAUGUUUGCUUAGAAGAUGUUGAUAUGAGCUGGAUACAAGACUUGAGCGAUGAGCUAUUCGUAGGCAUAGAGGAACUGAUUGAGCCAUCUACUCCUCCGGCUGCUCAGGGCGGUCAUCCUGGUGACUCAUGAGUCUAUAGUCAGACUUAAAACCAUUGCUGUUUUGAGAAUCCUUGUUGAUUUACUGGCAUGGAAACAGAGACCAAAAAUUUGUGAAGCUUUAACCAGAAUGUUUAUUCUAUCGCAACCUCUAGUGUGCACAAAAUGAGAGACUAAACCAUGACUAAGUAGUAGCUUAAAACCAUCAGCUGUUGAGAUGUUGAGCUAGCUCCUAUGUUGUGUUGCCUUAACUAGCAUUCAUCAUCAUCAUCAUCAUCUAUGUAUCCGGAAAAAAUCAUUUGAAAUUAUGUAUUUCUAUGGAUUCUUAGCUUUAAAUCAGAAUGCCGCAUUACACUA